AUGGCAGCAGAAAUAUCAACAAAGAAGCUUAGUAGAAAAGAAAGACAAAAGCUCCGAGAAGCGACAGCAGGACCGGGAUGGUUUGAUAUGCCAAAGCCUGAAUUGACACCUGAAAUAAAGCGAGAUCUUCAAGUGAUAAAAAUGAGAAAUGUUCUUGAUCCGAAACGGUUUUAUAAAAAGGACAAUUCAAAGGGUAUCCCAAAAUAUUUUCAGAUUGGAACAGUUAUUGAAGGGCCAACGGAGUUUUAUUCAUCACGAUUGCCACGCAAAGAGAGAAAGCAAACAAUAGUUGAUGAGCUAAUGGCAGACGAGGAGUCAAAGCAAUAUUAUAAACGCAAAUUUUUAGAAAUUCAAAAGUCGAAGCAAAGUGGGGGAAGAAAGCAUUAUAGACAACUCAAAAAGAAAAGGAAACCUAAGUGGGAAAAGUGA